GAACAUUAGGGCCAAAUCUAGAGUCCUGUUCCUAAGGCUCCUGGCAAGAAUGGUUUGAUGGGUUAUCUUAUGUAAAUGAAGAAAGCGGCCAACCCACGUCUUGAAUACCCUUAAUCUCCCCAGUGAGAACCUAUUUCCAACAUUUCAUUAUUCCAAUUAACCAAAACUCGGGUGCACAUGGGCGGAUAAAGAGAGUUGACACAGUUGUAGCAGCGGCCUCAAGAGAGACUUUCUGAUUAAGUGCCUGCUGACCAGAGCUGCCAUGGGAAUGCCUGGCUGGGAAAUGGACUGCCCCUAGAGGACAGAUUCAAUCCACUAACUUAUACAUAAUGUCCAGCCUGUCUACUCGAAAGCAUUUUGAAACAAUUUAAAGCCAUCAUAACAAGGAGAGGAGAAGAAACCGGCCUUAUAGGUCCUCGGGGAACAGAAGCCCAGUCUCUUUGCCAGUAAGUGCUUGUUUGCAUACAUGAAUAAUUAACUAAGUGGAAAGACAGCCCCAGGAAUGAAAGGUGGAAGAUGCCCAGGGGCUCGGAAUUCAAGGACUCCUGUAGAACUACAACUCCCAGAAGGCCUUGCCUCUGCUGCGCGGAAGAACUCGCCAAGGUCGCACGAAAGGCACGAUCGCUGUUAAUUUAUCUUUUGUCACUGAGCCAGACACCGUUAGUUGGGGCGGCCAUCUCUCAGCGCACCACUACUUAUUUCUAGCCCUCAGGUUUCCCAGGUAACAGUGCAGUGGGUCUUAGACUGUGGGAAGCGAAAACCGGAAGUGACGCUCUUACUUCGCGUCCGGGACAAGAAGCUUCGAAGAUGGCGGCGCGCAAGGGUCGGAAACGCACAUGUGAAACUGGGGAACCCAUGGAGGCUGAAUCCUGCGACCCAGGGUCCGAAAGCCCACCGCAGGUCUACCUGCCUGGCAAGGGGCCGCCCCUGGCAGAAGGGGAGGAGCUGGUAAUGGAUGAGGAGGCCUACGUGCUGUACCAUCGUGCGCAAACUGGCGCCCCUUGUCUCAGCUUUGACAUAGUCCGAGAUGACCUGGGCGACAACCGAACAGAGCUCCCUCUCACUCUUUUCCUGUGUGCGGGAACCCAGGCUGAGAGCGCCCAGAGCAAUAGACUGAUGAUGCUUCGAAUGCACAAUCUCCAUGGGACGAGGCCGCCACCCUCAGAGGGCAGUGAUGAUGAAGAGGAGGAGGAUGAGGAGGAUGAAGAGGAUCGGAAACCUCAACUGGAUCUGGCCAUGGUUCCCCACUAUGGUGGCAUCAACCGAGUUCGGGUAUCCUGGCUGGGGGAGGAACCUGUGGCUGGAGUGUGGUCAGAGAAGGGCCAGGUGGAGGUGUUUGCACUGAGGCGGCUCCUACAGGUGGUAGACGACCCCCAGGCCCUGGCCAUUUUCCUCCGGGAUGAGCAGGCCCGCGUGAAGCCCAUCUUCUCCUUUGCUGGCCACAUGGGUGAGGGCUUUGCUCUUGACUGGUCUCCUCGAGUACCCGGCCGUUUGGUGACUGGUGACUGUCAGAAGAACAUCCACCUCUGGACGCCCACGGACGGUGGCUCCUGGCAUGUGGACCAGCGGCCAUUUGUGGGCCACACACGCUCAGUGGAAGAUCUGCAGUGGUCACCAACUGAGGACACGGUGUUCGCCUCCUGCUCAGCUGAUGCCUCCAUUCGCAUCUGGGACAUCCGAGCAGCCCCAGGCAAGGCCUGCAUGCUCACCACAGCCACUGCCCAUGAUGGGGAUGUCAAUGUCAUCAACUGGAGCCACAGGGAACCCUUCUUGCUCAGCGGUGGGGAUGAUGGAGCCCUCAAAGUCUGGGACCUACGACAGUUCAAGUCUGGCUCCCCUGUGGCCACCUUCAAGCAGCACAUGGCCCCCGUGACCUCUGUCGAGUGGCACCCUCAGGACGGUGGGGUCUUUGCAGCCUCGGGCGCUGACAACCAGAUCACACAGUGGGACCUGGCAGUGGAGCGGGACCCGGAGGCAGGUGAGGCGGAAGCAGACCCCGGGCUGGCAGCCCUCCCCCAGCAGCUGCUGUUCGUGCACCAGGGGGAGACUGACCUGAAGGAGCUUCACUGGCAUCCUCAGUGCCCUGGGGUCCUGAUUAGCACCGCACUCUCAGGCUUCACGGUCUUCCGCACCAUCAGCGUCUAAGGUGGCUGGCACGUGGCCUCGGGCCUCCGCUCUUCAUGGGAACUGGACCGUCAGGUCUGUAGACUGCACCCCAGAAAGAAGGACGUGCUCAACUGGCCCAUGUGGAACAGAAGUAAUGGAUUCUACUGACCUGGUGUCUGCCUGUGGACCGACCCUUGCCUGUCCCGGAUGUGGUCUCAGUGUGGGAUUUCUGUCGGUGUUGACUCCUGGCUUGACCCUUAGACCUCUGACCCAGUACCCAGUUCUGGCUGGUGAUCGACUCCAGGAACUUGAAGGAUUUUGCCAUGCUGGGCCAAGGCUGGGUCUGGGUUGCUCCAGUGGAACUUAGUUCUCUCCUUGCCUUCUGGCCAGCUAGGCCCACCUGAGAUCCAAGACUGGGACUGUGUUGGGUGCCCUCCCUGUGGCGACCACUGGUGUACUGUGGGGGUCUGGGCUUUUGCUGCAGUAAAGGACCACAAUCAGGCCCCGACACGGGAGACCCCGGUCCUUUGAGAUUUCUUCCUAUGUAAGGGGAUUUGGUGUGGAGCUCCCCCUGCGCUGGACUCUGUCACCCUGUGCCGGCUCUUCCUUUUUGUCUGCCUUAGCCUUUUCUAAACCUUACUCCAUUUGGAACUGG